AUGGAGCAGGAGAGCUUUUUGCAGGCAAUGUCUCCAAACAUGAUUGGCAUGAUGAACGAUCCACCGGUCGGAAUUUGCAACGCUCACCAAGGGUUUCCGAAGAAAGCAGCACGCAAUAAGAAAACCACAAAGAACGCGGAACGGUUCCUACCAAUAGAGGAAGCGCUUAAGACGGAACUUACCACGAACAACAUGAAAACGCCCAUAUCUUUGCUACAGGAGCUGCUCAGCCGUCGGGGAAUUACGCCGCAGUACGAUCUGAUACAGGUGGAGGGAACAGUGCACGAACCCGCCUUCAGGUACCGUGUAUCGUAUCAGAAUAAAGACGCGCUUGGUACGGGAAAAUCCAAAAAGGAAGCAAAACAGGCCGCAGCAAAGGCGCUAAUAGAUAAGCUGACAGGAUCUUCUUUACACGAUUUUCAUGGUGCAUAUGUGAUCGAGGAAUCUCAAGAUACUAGCAAUGAGGAUGAACCGACUGGCAACCCGAUCGGUUGGCUGCAGGAAAUGUGCAUGGCAAGACGCUGGCCACCACCAACAUACGAGACGGAAACGGAGAAGGGACUUCCGCAUGAGCGCCAGUUUACGAUAGCGUGCGUAGUAUUGAAAAACCGUGAGGUGGGCGAAGGCAAGAGCAAAAAGAUCGCAAAACGACAAGCGGCUCAAAAGAUGUGGCAACGGCUGCAGGAUCAACCGUUGGAACCGCUCCAGAUGAUGGCACUGUUGGAUGAGGACGGUAACGAAGAGUUACGCCAGGCGGACCAUGCUGAUCGGUACGCAUGUCUAAAGGAUAUAAAUAUACCGACCCUGUCAAAGAAUCAAAGCAUAAAGGUGUCCCAGUUCCACAAGGCGCUUAAGUCGCGAGCGGGCAAAUUGUUGCAGCAGCUGCAGAAUCUAAGCCUAAGCGAUAGAAAUAUUCACUAUAUCGAUCUGCUAGAAGAAAUAGCUAAAGAGCAACGGUUCCUCGUAACGUACGUCGACAUCGACGAGAAGUCUGUCAAUGACAAGUUCCAGUGUUUGGUGCAGCUGUCCACGAUGCCAGUUGCCGUGUGCCAUGGUACCGGGCUUACGAUUCAGGAGGCCCAUGCAUAUGCAGCACGGAAUUCGCUCGAGUAUCUGAAAAUAAUGUCCAAAUCCUAUACGGAAUGA